AUGCUUCUAAGAGCUGGGAGAUGCCUGCAGCAGUAUAUUGUGGACAUGUAUGUCAAAAUUGAAAACACGCGGUUGGAUUUUUUCCGCUACAAUCAAAAAACCAUCAGAGCAGAUCUAUACCAAGGCAUACUUGAUACACUGGAAAGCGGAGAAAACAGUGCAGCUAAUGUCCACAGAGUCAUAUUGCCACCUUCGUUCCUCGGAGGACCUAGAGACAUGAAAAUGAGAUAUUUAAAUGCAAUGUGUUUGGUGCAGCGCUAUGGAAAGCCUGAUUUGUUCAUCACAAUGACAUGCAAUGUAAAUUGGCCAGAGAUCAAGAAUGAGUUGGCUGUUGGAGAAGAAGCUCAGAGUCGUCCAAAUUUGGUUGCAAGGAUUUUUCGUGCCAAGCUACUAGCAUUGAAGAAACAUAUUCUUAAUCACAUGAUGCAUGGUCCGUGUGGCCACAUGAACCCUGAAUGUGCAUGUAUGAAGCAUUUAAAGAGCAAGGGGUCUUGCAAGUAUGGAUACCCAAAACAGUUUCGCAGUGAGACGAUAAACAAUGGUGAUGGUUAUCCGAUGUACAAGAGAUGGGAUACUGGUGACAGUGCUUCUAUACGCAAAGCAACAUUGGAUAACAGAUGGGUAAUACCAUAUAACCCUUAUCUUUCAUCCCUGUUUGACUGUCAUUUAGACGUAGAAGUAUGCUCGACAAUUGAAGCAGUGAAGUACUUAUAUAAGUACGUUUACAAGGGGCAUGACAAGAUCUCCUUCAAUGUUGUGCGGAGAGGUGAGGUUGACACUAUUGAUGAGAUAGAGCAUUACCAGUCAGGGAGGUGGGUUUCUGCUUGUGAAGCUUCAUGGCGCACUUUUGGAUUUGACCUUUUUGAAAUGCACCCAUCUGUCAUGCCCCUCCCAGUGCAUUUACCUAAUAUGCAAACAGUCCAAAUAAGGCCUUAUGAACAACUUGAUAGCGUUGUUUUGAAUGACAAACGCUCGCGAACUCCCCUUACAACUUUUUUUAAAGCCAAUGCCACAAUUGAAGGUGAACGAAGUUAUUUAUAUGGCGAAUUCACAGAGCACUAUAGGUGGGAUCUUUCUUCAAAGGAAUGGGUUAAGAGAAAAAAUAAGGUGAUUGUCAUUGGUAGGCUCACAUUUGUAACUCCAACAGAGGGAGAAAUAUAUUUUUUGAGGUUGUUGCUUCUGAAUGUACGAGGGCUGCGGUCAUUUGAAGACCUUUUAACAGUUGACGGGUAUAGAUGUGCAUCCUUUCAAGAAGCAGCCAUUAAGCUCAGGUUGCUAGAAGAAGAUGAUGCAAUUGAUAAGUGCUUAGCUGAGGCAUGUGAAGUACAAAUGCCUCCUGCUAUCCGUCGCCUUUUCUCAACUGUCCUGAUUUUUUGCCAACCAAGUGACCCAAAUGCAUUGUGGUUAAAAUACUAUGCUGCCCUCUCAGAGAUUUUAGCCAAAAUUCCUAAUUUCCCAGAGAAGGUCAAGAAGAUGAUGAUUCGGAGGACAAAGGAUAUUGCCGAUGCACUAGAUGCACCAAUACCCCAAGAUUGCAUUGAUUGUCGUUCAAAACUCAACUCAGCACAACAAAAAGCAUUUGAUGCAAUAAUCCACCAUGUUAAACAGGGAAAGCCUGAUGCAUUUUUCAUAGAUGGCCCUGGUGGAACAGGCAAAAUGUUCUUAUACAAUGCGCUCUAUGCUGAAGUUCGCUUAAUGAAUCAGAUAGUGCUCCCUACUGCCACUUCAGGUAUCGCUGCAUCUAACAUACCCUCUGGAAGAACAGCAUAUUCCCGGUUCAAGAUACCCAUUGAUUCAGAUGCUUCACUGGCUUGUGAUCGAUGUUCCUAA